GAAUUCAACGGGACCCACAGGACCUGUGAGAUCCAGGGCUGGUGCCCCGUGGAGAGCGGCACUGUGCCCAUGAAGCCCCUACUGGUCCAGGCAGAGAACUUCACCUUGUUCAUCAAGAACACUGUCACCUUCAGCAAGUUCAACUUCUCCAAGUCCAAUGCCUUAGACACCUGGGACGCCACUUAUUUCAAGCGCUGUCGCUACGACUCACGCUACAGCCCUUACUGCCCUGUGUUCCGCAUUGGGGAUCUCGUGGCCGCAGCUGGAGGGGUCUUUGAGGACCUGGCAUUGCUGGGAGGUGCUGUGGGCGUCCGAGUCCACUGGGAUUGUGACCUGGAUGCUGGGGGCUCCGACUGUCGGCCCCACUACUCCUUCCAGCUGCAGGAGAGGAGCUACAACUUCAGGACAGCCACUCACUGGUGGAAAGCCUCAGGUGUGGAGGCUCGGAGUCUGCUCAAGCUCUACGGGAUCCGCUUCGACAUCCUUGUCACUGGGCAGGCAGGGAAGUUCGGCCUCAUCCCCACGACCAUCACUCUGGGCACCGGAGCAGCUUGGCUGGGUGUGAUCACCUUCUUCUGUGAUCUGCUGCUGUUGUAUGUGGACGAAGAAGCCCAUUUCUACUGGAGGACCAAGUAUGAGGAGGCAAAGGCUCCGAAGGUGACCACCAACCCCGAGCAGACAGAACCAGCUUCUGCACCCCCGUGCAUGGCUGCCCAGCUCUAGCAGGAUGCUGCCUGGGGGAGCCAGAGAAGCCAGUUUCGUAUAGAGACCUGCAGCAGAACAGGAGCCACAGAGAAGGGGAGCCCCUGGGAUACCCACAUGACAGGGCAAUGGUCCAGUGGGGCUCCCGCUGUGUCUAGGUCUAAAGAACUCUCUCCCAGCCUCCAUCACCAGUGUUUUCAGAGGUGGCCUACUCACCAGCUGUCAGCACUGACCCUCCCACUGGCAAUGGCAGACUCCAGCCCUCCUCCCCCUACCUACACCCCAUCUUAGGUAGAACCCCUCCCUCUCAGCUGUGCCCCGCUGGGGUCUGUGCAACUGGAGUCUAAAGCAAGGUAGAAAGAAGCCUGACAAGAGGGGUCAGCUGCUCCCAUGUUGGGUUGCCUGAGGUGGGUUCCUACCCAACUCUGGGCCUCAUCCAUGGAAUGAGGGGUGUGUAGGAAGAUAAUCCAACCCCCUGGCACCCCAGGCCAGGGCACAGGCACCCUUUGGUCUCACACCUGCCCAGCGUAUGAGCAUCAGCUCCUUCUUGGUAGUAGCCCUUGGGGUGUGGAGGGUUGGGAUGGGGAGGAGAAGGUGAAGAGGUUGAGUUAGUGGUCACUGGAUCCUUUGGGAUCUUCUAUAUGCCUCCUCAUUAACCCCCCAGCCCUGGAACCUGCUCACUGGAGCCAUGGGGUUAGGGAAGCUGUCCAUCUGCUACCCAAGGUUAUAUCUAAGAACCUGUCAGGGCAUCUGCACGUCCCAAAGGACACAAAGACCCCCAGCGGGCUGGCCUGGUAUCUUUCAGGGUCUGAGUCCUGCCUGCUGGAGAAAUCCCCCACCCCCCACAGCCCCAU